AUGUUGCCAAUGCAAAAUCCAUCAUCGCACGGCGGCUUCCCCCAGCAGUAUGUGGAAACCAAUCAGAAGAUAAUAGAAGAGCUUGGUGUCUCUAAUCGCCUGGGAAAAACUGUUCUCAAUGAGUUGGAUUAUAGGGCGACGAAUUUAAUAGCCAACCUAAGUCCUUUAGUGAUUCCCGUUAAUGCAGGACAUUCUGACGCAGUGCAUCAGUCGAGGUCAGGUUAUGGGUCAAGAUUUGAAAGUAUUCAUGGGGAACUGAUUCAAAAUAUGGAUUCAAUCGAUACACAUUAUGCGGUAAAACGUAAUCGUCAUGGGUUAGACGUGCCGGCCACGCCCAAGCAAUAUACAACAAUCGAAGACGCUAUAUCAUCUGCAUCGUCCAAUAACAAUGAAGAUAGAGAAGCUGUGCUAUAUAGUAAGCGAGCCCGGAACGUGAUGGGUAACGCUGUGGAACGAUUAACCAAUAGCCCAAUUACGGACAUAACAAGGCGUAUACGAAGACUAAGAAUGCAUAUGAGUACUCCGAGAGAGCACCACCGGGAAAAGGAGAGACAAAGGCGCAGAUCAUCAAUAAUGCGUCAGUCUUUAGCUUCCGGUGGCGAGAAGGAAAAUAAUAUACCUAGGUCUAAGGGGUAUAACAAUCUUUACAACGAGUUUAAGAAUGAUAGAAGUUCGUUAACUUCUUCGAAAGGUAAUGAUGUGCAUUUUCCAACGUUUGCAAAACCUACGAUUACUUCAAUAAAGAAAAUGAAUAAUGGGUCUGCCAAAGGUGUACCUGAUUCGGGAUCUGUAUUUUCCACGAAAAGAGAACCUCCCGCAUCUUCAUCACCAUCAUCCACAUCUUCAAUUUUUACUCAUACAACAAGACAGCAUAGUACAUCAAGGCAGAACCUAUCGGCAUCAACGGGGUUUCUAUCAGGGGGGUUUUCAGGAGGAAACCGUUCUAGUUCUAGAAUUCGCUCAUGCGAAGGUGAUGGAAAUAUCAGUGGGAAUUUAAGUGGCAGUAGUGGCAUAAGCUGUACUGAUCAUAUUGAUGGCACCUCUGCUCCAAGAUCUAGCAAUUACACUUUCGGUAGUGACAACGGAAAAUCAAAACCUAAAGUCAUUGCUUCAAAAAGCGUGUUUGAGAGAUUAUACAAUAGCUCAUCGGGUUCCACCAACCAGAAACCAUCCACUAUUCGUAAGUCGAAGACCCAAGGGGACCUAGCUUACAUCAGGGGCUCCAAACAUAAUGAAAAUGGACCAAGCUUAUCCUAUGAAAGUAAUUUUAGCACUCGAAACGGUAAUGGUGUUAGUACUAUAUCAAAAUCAACCACCAUGGGAGAUUUAAAGUCAGCUAAGGCAAAAGGACAUUUGACAGUACGUCCGGGUAGCGCACAUAAAUAUGGCUCGACGUAUGAUCUCGCAACAGGGACUAUUGGAAGCUCUGCCAACGCAAGCAGUAAAAAGCCAUUAUGGAGAUAA